UGUGUUUGAAUCGUUCAAGAUGUAAGGUCAUAUAUCACGAGAUACUAGAGGCUUUAUUAGAUUGUCAAGAUGUAAUUGUCUGUCUUGAUGUACGACAAUACGUCCUGAUUAACUAAAAUUGUAUUCUGAUGUCUCACAAUAGUUUCACUGUUAGCUACCCUCAUCUAUAAACUCCAAUUCUUUGAGAUUAUUUAGCAGCAAACUUAUUAUAGAUCGUAAAUUUAGUAUGUCCAGUGCAAAUAAUGUUUGAUUUCUCUAGAUGAAAAUAAGAAAUCACUGGACAGUUCGGAAUGUAUACAGAUUGUGCGGUUGUGCUCGGAAUUGCAUUUACAAUGCAGGACGUAUCUCACAAUUAUUCGAAAUAAUCUUGAAACGGAGGAUGAAAAUGCUGAGACCCCUCAAUCGGAAAGUGAUAUUGUUGGUGCUUUAAGAAGACUUCAUACCCUUCUGGACUCGGGGUUUGCUGCAAGGAUUAAAUAUCUGUAUUCAAUAGUAGGUGACUAUGACUUCGGCUCUUUACGGGCCAACGGAAUCCGAAGCUUUUUGACUAUCACUAUGAGGUGCUCCGUUGUUCUUCUGACGUACAUUCGACAAAUGAGCUCAUAUUCCAUUUCCAACUGGUCCGGUAUAACACAUAAGAGUGUAAUAGCAUAUAUCAAUUGCCUUAUGGAACUCAGUCUGUGUCUUGAAAUUCUCAGUUAUCUUCCACGUUUCAGUAAUGGUACUUCACUUUUUCCACGAUCUGAAUUCGUUGAUUUGCCGGAAAUUGGACAGUGUGAUGUAAAUAGUUUUGAUGAUAAAUCAACAACUAAUGUUACAGGUGUAUAUUAUACUGUUGAAUCAAAACACUAUCAAGAUCUUACAGAGUUCUAUCGAUUAGAAGCCCUGUCAGACAGUAUAAAACAAGAAUGUUUUUAUGGUCGUUGUCUAGCUUUUUACUUAUGCCCUAGUGCUCAAAGAAUUCUACUGUUCUUGAAUUCAUUUAUGGCGGGAUAUGGUAAUAGCUUUUUGACUUGCAAACAAGGCAUUGCCAGUUUAGUCAAUACAGUUUAUCGGUCGGUUACUUCUUACUUAUCUCCAGAAGACCGUGGUAAAAUUCUGGCCAAACUUACACGAAGGUCCAGUGUUCAAUUUUGUAAAGCAUUUUGGAGUUUAGCAGAACUACGUGUAGUGUCUGAAGCUCCUAAUGUAAUUCUACCUUCUAUGGCUGUAGCUCAUUCUUUCAAAUUACAAACAAAAUCACUAAAAAUACCCCUAGAUAUGAAUAAUCGAGAAGGCGAAAAAGAAUUUAUUGUAAUCGAACCACCAAAAGCACAUAUUGGCAUAGCUCCACUAGGAAUGCGUAUAUUAUGCCGACAUCUUAGAUGUGGUUUAGAAUGGACUCGAACAACAGAAUCAUUGCCUAAAUUUUUCACAUCACCUAAUUAUAUUAUAAAUCGAUCAAAUCAUCAUUAUUCAAGCAGAAAUUCCGUGUCAUCAUUAUACGGUUCACCCAAUGUUUCAUCAUCAGCUGAUCAUGUCGUAUCAUAUUCCAAAGAUCGUCGUUGUUCAUAUGAAAGUUUUAAAUUGUUAAAUAAUAAUUCCAAUGAGAAUAAUAAUAAUAAUCAUACAACUAGAUCAUCGAAUGUAUUAUUUUAUAUACAUGGUGGUGGAUUCAUUGCUUUAACAUCUCAAUCACAAGAUAAUUUUUUACGUAUAUGGGCUGAACAAUUGAAUUGUCCAAUUAUCGCUGUUGAUUAUUCUCUUUCACCGGAAGCGCCUUAUCCACGUGCAUUAGAAGAAUGUUAUUACGCGUAUUGUUGGAUAACAUUAAAUCUUGAAAAUUUAGGUUGUACACCAAAUGCCAAAAUUGUUUUGGCUGGUGAUUCAGCUGGUGGCAAUUUAGCUUUAGGUGUUUGUAUGCGUGCUGUUCAUGAUGGUUUAUUGAAUAGACCAAUUGGAAUAUUUUUAGCUUAUACACCUGUGAUUGUAUCGCUUACACCAUCUCCUUCAAGAUUGUUAUCACUAUGUGAUCCGUUACUUCCGAUUGGAGUUCUUUCGAAAUGUUUAUUGGCUUAUGCUGGUAUAGACGAAGCAACAUUGAAUUUCGAUAAACUUGUUGAUGAUAACGAUGAUGAUGAUGAUGUUAAAAUUCAUGAAGUUGAUACAAACUUAACACCAACUCAACAGACUUCACCUUUAUGGUCUCGAUUAUUUUCAACACUUUGGUUUAAUCCAUUAAAGUUGGGUUUAAAUAAUUCUAAAGAAUUGAACAUUGAACAUUUACGUCGUUAUUCAAGCAUUGAAAUCCCGCCUGUAUAUGAUAGUUAUUUUCAACAUCCAAGAGAUCAAUCUGUACCGUCUAAUUUAUGCCGACUAUAUGAUGAGUCAUACUCGCCGCAUAAAUCUCCAAGAUUGAAUAAAUCAGAAUUAUCGAAAUCCAAUUCAGAUUCACUACAAUCCCAUACUACUGCUACUACUAAAAUAAGAGAUACUAUUUCCUGUGAAAACAAUGCAUCAUCGUCAUCAUUGCCAAAACAAUUUGAUCGCCAUACAACUGCUUCAAUUCAUAAACAACAGAUAACCGGAGAGAAAUCAGGUGAUAAUAUUGAUGAACAUGAAUGUACACCGAAAUUGCAACAACCACGUCGACCAUCAACCGAUUUGAAUCGUAUUCGAAAUAUUCAUUUAAGUCAGAAUGGUUUCAUGUCACCAUAUUUAGCUUCAGAUGAUAUGUUACGUGGAUUGCCUCCGGUUGUUAUUACUUGUUCACAAUUCGAUCCAUUUUUGGAUGAUGGAUUGGAAUUGGCUAAACGUCUUGUCAAAUUGAACAUUUCAGUCGAUGUACGUGUAUUGGAUGAUUUGCCUCAUGCAUUUCUUAAUUUUUGUUUAUUAGGCCCAGAAUUUCAAAUAGCUAAUAAAAUUUGCAUUGAAUUAGUAAGAAAUUUAUUCAAUGAAUAUUAUUUAUCGAAAAACAGCGAAUAAUGAUUUAUAUAUAUAGAUAUGCGCCCCUUGUUUCUUGUUCUCUGGCCCCUAUGUAUGUAUGUAUGCCUAUGCCUAUGUAUAUGUAUAGUGUCAUUACAAAAUUGAGUACACUUUUCAUAUUCAUUCCUAGUAGCUGUGAUAUCUAUCCACCAGUAGUUGUCCACCUCCUUCUCAUCAUCAUCAUCAUUCUUCUUCUGCCUUACAUUACAUAAUCAUACAGCUCUGAUGUGUACGUACGUGAUCGUCAAUUUGUACAUCGACACACACACACUCACAUAUAUAUAUACGCCUAUGACGAGUACGUCCC